UCUAGCAUUCACCCAGCAAAUCUCUUGCCCACAUGGCUUUGUAUUUCUACGGCAAUGGCGGUUCAAACAUCUUGGAUCCCUUCGAGGAGAUCUCGUCCAUCUUUUCUUGUGACAACAGCAGCGCCGUCGCCAACACUCGCGUGGAUUGGCUCGAGACACCCGAGGCACACAUCUUCAAGGCCGAUCUCCCGGGUGUGAGUAGAGAGCAAGUGAAGAUCAGCGUGGAGGACGGCCGCACUCUCCAGAUCAGUGGCGAGAGGAAGAAGCACGAGUGUGACAAGAGUGAUAAGUGGCACCGCGUGGAGCGCAGCCACGGCAGCUUCUUGCGGAAAUUCCGGCUGCCCGAGAGUGCGAAUGUGGAGGCAAUCAAAGCUACAGUAGAACACGGUGUCCUCACUGUCACAAUUCCAAAGAUCCCCAAGCCACAGCCAAGAACAAUCCAAAUAGAAUAGAGAGCGGU